AUGAGUGGAUUGCCAAAGCACGGACUGGAGGCUGAACCUUUGGAUGACGCAGUCGCCGAAGGCCGCGAUGCCGAAAUUGCAGCGUCAAAGUAUAUGAAUGAGCUCACGGCCAAGCUGCUUGGCGGCGAGCUCGCCGCGAACGACGCUGCGCGCCGCGCAAACCCACAAAACUGCGAUGUGGAACUCGAUUCCACCACCGCUGCAAGCCUCGAAAAGUUUAUGGCAAGUCUUAAGGAGCAUUUGCAGCUUGCUCCGGAAACGUGGAGUGGUUCGGCGGGAAAACAUAACUACGAACGAAGGCGGCAGGUGCACCGCUGGACUUGCGCAGAGCAACAAACGCACGUACGCGACGCAAUCCGCGAGUAUAUGCGACAGGAGCAGCAGGCAACCUGCACGCCUAUGACCACCGUUCGGUGCUUGCAUGCAUCUGUCGCGCAGAAAUCCUACGGGUCCGAAAAACGGUUUCUGUGCCCUCCGCCCGCGGUGCACAUUCAUGGGCGGCUGCGGCAUGCUGAGACGAUUCCGCCCAGCCUCUUUGUGCAAGUCCAAGGCGAAGAGGGCGACCAUCUGUCCGGCGAGCAGCUCGCGGUCCUGGACGAGGCGCACCAGGCGCGCUUUACGGAGCUGCACGUCACGGGCACGGGCAAAGCAAAAAGCUUCCGCCUUCUCCUCCAUCUGCUUGCGUCGGACGACAAGGGGCCCGCGCGCGAUGCUAAACGCGCGCGGCUCAGCGACGAUGCAGAUACACGCACUGCGCGUCUUUUGGAGUCUGCGUGCUGGGCGAGCUUUGCAUCUGCGCCGAUUGGCAUCAUUUCCAAGCCGUCGAAAAAAACAGCCAAGGCCCGGAGCGUCUCUGCACACAUCUCUACAAGCACACAAGUCUCGCUAUUCAACCGGAUCAAUUCACAGACGUACCGCACCAAGUAUUUAUGUGCGCAGGACGGACAGCUCUCUGCCCAGAGCCGUGCAUGGACUGCCUUUACGCUUGUGGUCCUGGAGCGGCCCUCACAGGCAUCGCGCGAUACUGAGGACCAUGUACUAGCGUAUGGCGCCACGAUCUUGUUCAUGGACUCCGUGUCGGGUGCAGCGACCGAUCCGCUACUCGUUUGCAAGGUCGACCGGGGCUGCAUUAUCCCCCCUUUUGGUGACGCGACGCAUGCGCCGGAAAAUGCAGACGAGGUGUAUGCGUUUGGCGCGGUGAACCAGAUGCAAAAAAUUGCGCUGAUGCGGUGCACCGGCGAUCGCAAAGUAGAUGCAUGUACGCCGCGGAGCUACUUAUGUGCCGGCGCGCCGAUGCCCCCCACCGCUGGCUUUGGCGUCCUGGGCCAUGCCGACGACGCACGAUCGCUUCCCCUGAACUAUGCUCCUUCCCGGCCCGCAACAUGGCACCAAGACAAUGGGCCGCAGCCCUUGCUGGUGGACGAAGCGCUCGACGCAUUUUGCUGGACGCUGGUCGGCAUCUCCCACUUUGAGUACUCCUUCAUUGACCUCGACAUGCUGCAUGUGCCGAGCGCGCCACCGUACAUGGGGCUCCCACUCACACCUUUUCCCAUCGUUACCAGGAUGCCGUUUUACGAGACGACCACACACGAGCUCGCCAUGUCAGUGCAAAACUUUUACUAUUCUUCGAGAGACGAUGCACUGCAGUCGCCAGCAGCGAUGCUUUCUGCGUCACGUACAGAUACCAAGCUCGAAACCAUGCAGAUCUGGCUAGGGCCGCUCGGUCCUUUGCCAUUUGUCGCCACAGCCACGCAAGACACGCACGAAACCGAUGUCCUGAUCGAGCUGCCCAAGCUCAAGGCAAUGCUCGGCACACAGGAUAGGCGCAUAUCGCAAUGUAUGCUUCCCCUCUUGUUUGUCCGGGGCAUCGACGGAAGUAUAUACCAUUCCGGCCGUACGAUUGCGUGCCACGAUCUGGUUGCAGUCGUGCGCGCUGCUGGCGAUCAUGGCGCGGCGAAUGCGCUCAAGAAACUACAUGUGGGGCUCGGCGAGUCUGCAGGCGCGCAUGAGCUGGCCGACGAUGGGGCAUGGACAUUGUGCGUGCUAUAG